CAAGAUUUGAAAAAACAACUUUUAGCAGGACAAGUUAGUAACUUGGUCACUACUAACGAAAGUCAGGUCUCAACUAGUACAGCCAACAAAAUUAGUACUAGUUCGGAAACGCCCUUACUUCCUCUAACUUCAGACUUUCGUACCUCACUCAUCCUUCCCACUUUGACAAAGCGAUUUAGUGUAUUACGUAGAGGAGAAAAUUCAAAUAAUAAUAAUAAUGGUGCAUCAACGAAAACAAGCUCUAACACACAAGUUUUCCCUCCAGAGAUUUAUAAAUCACAAGCUUCCCAACCUUCCCUACUUAGCGAAAACACCACCACUACGAAUGAAGUAUCAAAGAUAGAAUCAGGUAAUCUGAUGGAAAUUUCAAAUGAGAAUCAUGAAUUAUUGUCAAAUAUAGUUAAUGUAAAGAAUUUAAGGAGAAUAUCUUCAAAAGGGUUAUUAAUAAAUCCAACAAAGGGUCGACCAAAGCUACCAAGAAUACGACCACCGUCAAUAUCACAAGUACAGCAAGGGUUCUCAUGGCAAAAUGAAUUUACUACAAUUUCUAACGCUCCGUCAUUAUUAUUAACAAAUUUUGUAAAAUCAACGCAACAAAUUUCACCUACAAAAAAUUCACCAAUCAGAUUAUCACCAAGAGAAACAGAUUUUUAUGAUAAUGAUGAUGAAAUAUUUCUUGAACAACCACGUUCCCCGUUAGAUAAAUUAUCAGAAGGAUUAUAUAAUCUUACAAUUCAAACAUCAUCAAACCGGUCUACCACUUCACCAUCAUUUAGAACAAGCAACUUAUCACAAACAUCUCCACGUUCAUUGGAAGUAUCACCAUUUAUCGAAGAGGAGGAAAUAAAAUCAUCAAUACAGAAAUCACCUAGUAUCAAUUCAUUAAGGAAUUUUGAAAAUGAAAAUAUUUACAAUUCUGAUAGAGCGUCAACCACAUCAACGAUAGGUAAUGACAAUAAUGAUAGCAAUAGUAGCAACAAUAAUGAUAGUAUUGAUAACGAAGGAGAUGAUGAAGCAGAAAAUGAACAACCAGGAAUAAGAGAAUCAACCACUUCAAGUAUGACUAAUACGACUAAUAUGACUAAUAUUACUAGCAUGACAGGUAUGACUACUAUCUCAAGCACGUCAAAUAUUACCACGGAAUCUCAGGUGAAAAAUCCAUCUCGUGGAAAGGUAACACCACCACCAAAACCGCACCCACCUCCUUUGUCUCUUACUGAUACAUUAAUAGCUUCGGGUCAGUCAGAUAUUGCUCAUCAAAAUACAGGAAUAAAAACUAUAUCAGGACCACAAUUAGUUUCUACAUCGUCUAACGUUAAGACAAUACCAAUAGUACAAUUGGGUCAAAUAGAUGAUGAAAAUAAAGUUCGUAGAAAAUUCUCGUUGCGUGAAAGUGAAACUGGUAUUGGUAAAUCAUUGAGAAGAAUAAAAGAUGUAUUUAUUAGUGAUAGUGAAUCUUUAUUUGGAAAAAAGCGUAUGUCUCCAAGUUCUUCUAAUGAAAACUUAUCUCGUAAGUUUGCAUCCGAUGAUAAUUUAAAUCAAAGAUUUACCAACAAUGAAAAAAGGGGAUUUGAUUUUGUAAAAAGACGUGCAUUUA